AGUGUCCAACCUUUGAACCUGAUCUUCGCGGAGGAUUUUUAGUCAUUAAAUAAUGCAUGUGUAAAAUAUUAUAACAGCAAAUUUCCUGAUGUAAUUACAGAUGCUAUAAAAAUUAAAAUUAAUAAGUGGGAAAAAAACAAAGUUACUAAAGUUAGUAUAAGAUAUUGCUAUGUUUGCACUUCAACUAUUACGACCCAUUGUGUUACCGUCUGUGGUAAAGCAGACGUCAACCAUUAUAUUCCUUCAUGGCUUGGGCGAUACGGGGCAGAGCUGGGCAGAUAUUUUACCCAUGGUCAGGCCUUCCCACACUAAAAUCAUUUGUCCGAAUGCACCAGUUCAGGCUGUAACGUUGAAUCAAGGGGUAGUAAUGCCAGCAUGGUUUGACCUUCGACCAUUGGACCAACCAAAGGAUGAGUUUGGAAUCAAAUGUGCAGCUGAAGCUAUCCAAGAAGUAAUCGCUGUCGAGAUUGCGAGUGGAAUUCCGGCGGACAAAAUAGUGCUCGGAGGCUUCAGUCAAGGAGGCGCUGUCGCCCUGUACACCGGCUUGACGCUCCCAUUCCGACUCGCAGGAAUCCUCGCCUUAUCGACAUGGCUCCCUCUGGACAAAUCCAUCCCUUUGGAAAAGGCUCAAACUCCACCCAUCCUGAUUUGUCAUGGGGACGAGGAUAACAUGAUUGCUCUCCCACGCGCCGAAAAAACUGCACAAGUCCUGAGUACGGUCAAUAAAAACGUAGAGUUCAAAGUGUAUCCUGGUCUGGGUCACACGGUCGCAUGUGAGGAGGAACUGCAAGAUAUUUCCAAAUGGCUGGAGAAAGUCUCCAGCUCUAAUAACCAGUCAGACUCAAAUGGUCUCAAGAGCAAGUUGUGAAUGACCAAACCGCAGGCCUAUUUUAGCAUUAGUUGUUAGUGUGAAAUCAAAUUCAUGACCAAGUCAUGUAACAUGCGUUAUGUAGCUUUUUCUUAAUUAAUAAAGGUUAAAUAUUUACUUUAAUUGCUUUUUAAUAUGCACCAAAUUGUGUGAUUGUGAUUGGACGAGAAUAAAGAAGACGUGA